AUGUCUUCAUCGGCUUCCUUCUCCCUCUUCCCCUGUCUCCCCUUCGAGCUCCGCGACAUGAUCUGGAAACUCUCCCUGGAUCACAUCCCUCGCUCUACCGGGGAGCUCAUCGACCCAGGAAAGGUCAUCCUCCACCCCAUCCAGCGACACCACUGGCAGGCUCGUGCUGUCCUAGAACCGGGUCACGACCAGGAGGGCGAGGAGGGUGCACUGACGACCCUCAGGGUGCGAUACCCCAUCCGCCACUUCCAGGUGAACCGGGAGGCUCGCGCCGCUGCAAGCGCCUAUAUCACCAAGCAGGAACGACGAGGCGUCUGGUUGGAGGAGCACUCGCGUUGCGCCAACCCACGCCGGUGCGCCCUCUUCUUCGACUGGGAGCGGAAGGCGCUCACCGCUCCACAGGCCCUAGACGGGCUGGUGGGCGAUGCGCUGUUCCUGUCACUUGCAGAGUACCAGCGGUACUGCGAGUCCUCUCCGGCAGGGGGCAGCACCAGCAGCACCAGCGCCAAUGGGGCCGAGCAGGAGCAGCAGCAGGUGGUGCGGUGGGGAACCGAGUGGCGUUGGAGCCCUUCGGGGGGGGACAUUUGGUGGUCCCAAGAGGAGCAGUGUGCUAAAAGAUGGCCUCGAGAGUUCGAUCGGCUGAGGAUGGCGAUGGAGGAGCCAAAGGUGGCUUUGGCGGUGCCGAUGGAGCUGCUGCGGAGGGAUCCGAACGCCUUGACAAAUAUCCUGCGGUGGCAGGGUCCGGAUACACGGUCCGGGCCGCAGUUUACUGACCUCGUCCUCAUUGUGAAUGAGCUGCCUGACCGUGGGGACCAAAAUAUGGGGGAAGGGCAUUUGUGCGUGGAGGUCAUCGAGGAUAUCUCACAGGACGGGUGGAGAGAGGCUGCGGGGGAUAUCGGACUUAGUUGGAAGGAUUUGAUGCGCAUUUCGAAGGCGGAAGCGCUGGCCUGGGAUUAUGGUUCAUUCUGUAACAUAUUGGCUGUGCGGGUUGUUCCCUUGGGGUCAAGUACUGUACGGUGA